AUGGAUGAUGCUCCGAAAAGAGGCCGGGGCAGAGGCAGAGGCAGCCGAAGCCGCGGUCGAGGUCGCGGUAGAGGACGAGGAAGAGGUAAAAAGGCCAUAAAAGUAAUAGAAAGCGACGAGGAAGAAAGCCUUUCAGUGGAAAUCGCCGAGCACUCGUCCGGUCUCGAUGACACCGUUGAAAAUGUGCCGCCUCCGAUCGAUCUCGAAGCGGACAUUUCACAACUCGAAGCACCGACAUUCACAACUAUCAACAGGGGACCUCCAGAACCUAUGCUACGCCUCGAUUGGUCGCAUAAAGUGAAUUUAAUGGGAGAGAAGGUUCUGAAUCCAAUGAUACACUGUUGCGACAAAUGUUUAAAACCUAUAUUGAUAUACGGACGAAUGAUUCCGUGUAAACACGUGUUUUGCUUAACGUGCGGUAAAAAAGAACAAAAACAAUGUCCCCGAUGUUUGGAUAAAGUAACGAGAGUCGAACAAACCGGUUUAGGAACGGUAUUUAUGUGCACGCACGAAGGUACAAGGUACGGCCAAAAUGGAUGUCGCAGAACCUAUUUAUCUCAGCGAGAUUUACAAGCCCACAUCAACCACAGGCACGUGGCGAACGCCCCCUUGAACCAACAACCCAUGGAGGUCAUCGAGCAGGAUCGAUCGCUGCCCGUUCGCACUAAAAUAGCCAACGAUCCGAGAUCGGGAGGCGGCGUUCCGGGCAACGUCAGGCCGAGGAGCCUUCCCGCGCAAACGUCCGGCGUCCGGACCAAUCUGAUUACGGUGCCGAUUCAAGAAACCGCCCCGACUAUACACGAACCGGCGCCCGCGAGUCAGAAUUACUACAAUCAGUUCCAGCAAAAUGCCACGUACACGCAGUCGUUGCCGCCGAUACACAUUCCUCCGCCACAACAGCCGCAAUAUUACAACGCGCCGCCGUCUUUUAGUCCGGCGCAAAGUUACCCGGCUUAUACGGGAAGCACGCCGCCCGUUGGGCAAUAUGCGCCUGCUGUACAGACGCAAAACAGGCAGGCUGGUCAGUACGAUUACGGUGCCGCUCCGCCACAAUGGACCAACAAUCAACAAUAUUAUAGAUAG